AUGGCUUGUUCGUCUUCUCCCAACGCCCUCCGGUCGCCAUCUCUCCGCCGCUCGCAGACCAUAUCACGACCAAAUCCACCCCUUUACAUCUACUCUCGAGACAUGGGCCAGUACUGGGAACUGUUCAACAUAGACAAGCGCCAGAAAGGCGAAGGCGUUAGCGGAAAGAUACCCGAGUUCAUCUUCCGUAACCACGACUGGCUCGUCAAGCUCCUUGCGCGUCCUGAGUUCCCCGACACCGCGCCCGCAUACUACUCAUCAAGCGUUGACCCGAGCAAGGGCGACCCGGGAUCCUUCUCAGUUACCCCUCCUGAAGUGAUAGCCGCUAUCUUCUCCUGCAUUCCUUCCCUGGACGACGCCAUCUGUCUCGCCGUGGCCCACCGCCUCCUUGCAUCCGAAGGCUUCCGCCGAGCCCUAGAGCUACGCCGCGAGGAGCACAAGCACUGGGGCAGCUGGGUAGGCGACAGGAUCAUCACCGCGGGCGACUACCUUGACGUUCUGCCAAAGGGUAUGCUCACGCCCGCGGAGCUUGAAGAGAUCGAUGGCGAAGGCGAAUUUUACUACUUUGCGAGCGAGAACUACGAGCGGAACCCGCCUCUCUCCCCGCCCACCACUUACAUUAGCAAGGGCAAGAGGUACACUAUUGAUAGCGCUUUACAGCGCGUGUCACCUGGUACAGGAGAUUAUCUGCGCAUCCGUCUUCUCCUCGAAUCGACCGCCCCGUGCUUCGCACAGCAGGGUACUUGGGCUCUAUGCAACAUGAGUCGCAAGAAGUACCUUCGCGCGAGCGAGCUCGCGAAGAUGAAGAUUCCCGGUCAAGAUGUCCAGUACCGCUGCACGACCGAAGGUCCUUUCGUGAAAGGUCCCAAGACGGUCAUCGGCCUUGGAACUGCCGCGAUCAUUCUUACAACGGACUCGAGCGAUAUGGGCGACGUAGGCACUUACGGGCCCUGGGCGGGGAAUCGUUUGUCGAUCGCUAUGGUCGAAGAGCUGGAAGGUGAAGGGUGGGAGGACGCGUCUGUGACGUGCUUGAAGACCGUGAAGCAGUGUGUGAUGGCCAAUGAUGACAUGUUCUAG